UCACUCCUCUUCUGCUUUCUUCCAUGGAGUCCGGUCUGGUUGCUGGAUCUCAUCGGAGGAACGAGCUGCACAUUAUGAACGGAAACGAAGAGGUUAGAAGCCUCAACGGAAAGGAGAACAUCGUGAAAGUCUGCAGGGUUUGUGGUGAUGAUAUCGAGGUGAAUGAGAAGGGGGAGGUGUUUGUUGCGUGUCAUGAAUGCGGCUUUCCUGUGUGCAGGCCAUGUUAUGAGUAUGAGAGGAGCGAGGGGAGUCAGUGUUGUCCUCAGUGUAAUGUUCGUUACAAGCGUCACAAAGAAGAAACCAGAGUUGAGGGAGAUCAGGAGGAUGCAGAUGACAAUGAUGAUUUUGAAGAUGAGUUCCAAAUCAAGAAUCCCAAGCCAGAACUGGAUCAUCAGAAAGUUGACCUCACCUCGGAAAAUGGUGAACAAACACUACAAUGGAAGCCUCAUGGUCCUGCUUUCUCACCUUUUACUGGCAGUGUUGCUGGUAAGGAUCUUGAAGGAGAGAGGGAGAUGGAGAGCAAUCUGGAAUGGAAGGAUAGAGUGGACAAAUGGAAAGCAAGACAGGAAAGAAAAGGACUGCUCAACAAAGAUGAUGAGGGGAACGAUGAUCAAGAAGAGGACUAUGAACUCUUGGCCGAGGCACGCCAGCCCCUAUGGCGAAAGGUGCCGAUCCCAUCGAGCAAGAUCAAUCCAUAUCGCAUCGUCAUAGUCCUCAGGCUUGUUAUCCUCAUCUUCUUCUUUCGGUUCCGAAUCAUGACUCCAGCCAAAGAUGCCUAUCCCCUUUGGCUCACCUCAGUCAUAUGUGAGAUUUGGUUCGCCCUAUCUUGGAUCCUUGACCAGUUCCCAAAAUGGUUCCCCAUCACUCGUGAAACCUAUCUCGAUCGUCUCUCUGCAAGGUUUGAACGUGACGGCGAGCCAAACAAGCUUUCACCAGUUGAUGUGUUUGUGAGUACAGUUGAUCCUUUGAAGGAGCCCCCCAUUAUCACUGCCAACACUGUCCUCUCUAUACUUUCCGUGGAAUAUCCUGUGGGAAAAGUUAGCUGCUAUGUGUCAGAUGAUGGUGCAUCGAUGCUUUUGUUUGAUACUUUAUCAGAGACUGCUGAGUUUGCAAGGAGAUGGGUGCCAUUCUGUAGGAAGUACAACAUUGAGCCGAGGGCUCCGGAGUUCUAUUUCUCUCAGAAGAUCGAUUAUUUGAAGGAUAAGGUGCAGCCUAGCUUUGUCAAGGACAGGAGGGCCAUGAAGAGAGAGUAUGAAGAAUUUAAGGUGAGAAUCAAUGCAUUGGUGGCAAAGGCUCAGAAGAAACCAGAGGAAGGAUGGAUAAUGCAGGACGGCACACCUUGGCCUGGCAACAACACUCGUGACCAUCCAGGAAUGAUUCAGGUAUACUUGGGGAGUGCAGGUGCGCUUGAUGUUGAAGGCAAAGAGCUGCCAAAGCUGGUGUAUGUCUCUCGAGAGAAGAGACCUGGGUAUAACCACCACAAAAAAGCCGGGGCCAUGAAUGCAUUGGUUCGAGUAUCUGCAGUGCUUACCAAUGCACCCUUCAUGUUGAAUCUGGAUUGUGAUCACUACAUCAAUAACAGCAAGGCCAUCAGGGAAGCCAUGUGUUUUCUGAUGGACCCUCAGCUUGGAAAGAAGCUAUGCUAUGUCCAGUUUCCACAAAGAUUCGAUGGCAUUGAUCACCAUGAUCGAUACGCCAAUCGUAAUGUGGUCUUCUUCGAUAUUAAUAUGAAAGGUCUGGAUGGGAUCCAAGGACCAGUGUACGUUGGAACCGGAUGUGUGUUCAACCGCCAGGCACUCUACGGUUAUGAUCCCCCUAAGUCUCAAAAGCGCCCAAAGAUGACAUGUGACUGCUGGCCAUCUUGGUGCUGUUGUUGUUGUGGUGGCUCGAGGAAAUCCAAGGCAAAGAAAGAAGAUGGAGAACAAAGAGGACUUAAAGGAUUUUUCGGAAAGAAGAAGAAAAAGAGCGUGGUGGUUAACAAGAAGAGCUACACGAAGAGAGGGUUUGAUCUCGAUCUGGAGGAGAUAGAGGAAGGACUAGAGGGCUAUGAGGAGCUGGAGAAGUCAUCUCUCAUGUCGCAGAAAAGCUUUGAGAAGAGAUUUGGGCAGUCUCCAGUAUUCAUCACGUCAACACUCAUGGAAGAAGGUGGGCUGCCUCAAGGUACCAACACACAAGGGCUCGUUAAGGAGGCUAUUCAUGUAAUCAGCUGUGGGUAUGAGGAGAAGACCGAGUGGGGGAAAGAGAUUGGUUGGAUAUAUGGGUCUGUAACGGAGGAUAUUUUGACUGGCUUCAAGAUGCACUGCAGAGGAUGGAAGUCUGUCUACUGUGUUCCCAACAGAGCAGCGUUUAAGGGAUCAGCUCCAAUUAAUCUUUCUGAUCGGUUGCAUCAAGUACUUCGGUGGGCACUUGGAUCGGUGGAGAUCUUUCUUAGCAGGCAUUGUCCACUGUGGUAUGGUUAUGGUGGGAACUUGAAGUGGCUAGAGAGGUUUGCAUACACAAACACCAUCGUCUACCCCUUCACAUCCAUCCCUCUCCUCGCAUACUGCAUUAUCCCAGCCGUCUGCCUUCUUACCGGAAAAUUCAUCAUUCCUACACUGACAAAUCUAGCCAGCAUUUGGUUUAUGGCACUCUUCAUCUCCAUCAUCGCUACUGGCAUUCUUGAGCUCAGAUGGAGCGGCGUGAGUAUCCAAGACUGGUGGCGCAAUGAACAGUUCUGGGUAAUUGGUGGGGUUUCUGCACAUCUGUUUGCUGUUUUCCAAGGUCUCCUCAAGGUCCUAGCCGGUGUUGAUACCAACUUCACUGUUACCUCAAAAUCUGCUAACGAUGAAGCAGAUGAGUUUGGAGAUCUAUACCUCUUCAAAUGGACCACACUCCUUAUCCCACCCACCACUCUUCUCAUCAUCAACAUGGUUGGCGUUGUCGCUGGUGUGUCUGAUGCCAUCAACAAUGGGUAUGGAUCAUGGGGCCCAUUGUUUGGCAAGCUUUUCUUUGCAUUCUGGGUAAUAGUCCAUUUGUAUCCUUUCCUGAAAGGGCUAAUGGGAAGGCAGAAUAGAACACCAACCAUUGUGGUAUUAUGGUCUAUUCUACUUGCAUCUAUUUUCUCUUUGGUCUGGGUCAGAAUUGAUCCCUUCCUGCCCAAACAAAAGGGACCUAUUCUUAAGCAGUGUGGAGUGGAGUGUUAGGCUAGGCUACAGGACAAAUUACAUCGUGUGAGUUCAGUUCUGCCUCUUUUUGUAUUGAACAGUUUGGAUGUAUGCUACAUAAGGAUGUCUAUUUUGUGAGAGAAUUUGUCAUUGGAACAAAUUUUGGAGUUUCUUUCUGUGGAACAUUUGAUGUAAAUUUAAUUAAAGAUGCAAACUAUGAAUAUGUUUGUAUGGA